GGUGUGGAAAGAACAAGACGGUGUGUGUACUUAGAAGCUCCCAAAAAAAUUUAUCGGGAGGACUGCUUUAGCCUCUAUCUGCGUCCAACAAUAGAGGGCGAAAUAGGGACGCAAUUGUUGAAUCAAAUCCACCUAAAACCCUAGCCCGUCGUCUCACGGAUUCGUCACCAUCAUCGCUCCAAUCACAAAAACCUUCCGAUACUUAGAAAUUGGAAUAGUGCACCGGGAUAUCACAGAUCAAUAUCUCCGCUUUGAAGCAAAUCUAACCAUGCCUCCGAAGCAAGCAAAAACCGAUUUAGCUAAGAAGCAGAAAGUUGUAGAAGACAAGACCUUCGGGCUUAAGAACAAGAACAAGAGCAAAAAUGUCCAGAAAUACGUUCAGAGUCUCCAACAGUCCGUCCAACCCAAGCCCGACCCGUCUAAAGCUGCCGCCAAGAAGAAGAAGGAUGAAGAGCAGGCUAGAUUGAAGGAGUUGAAUGACAUUUUUAAGAUUGCUGUUGUUCAACCCAAAGUGCCAGUCGGUGUUGAUCCCAAGUCUAUUGUAUGCGAGUUUUUCAAGGUGGGGCAGUGUGCGAAGGGUUUUAAAUGCAAGUUCUCGCACGAUUUGAAUGUGCAGAGGAAGGGUGAGAAGAUUGACAUUUACAGCGACAAACGUGACGAAGACACCAUGGAGGAUUGGGAUCAAGAGACACUGGAGAAGGUUGUGGAGUCUAAGAGGACAGAGUAUAACCAGAACAAACCAACAGAGAUAGUUUGCAAGUACUUUCUUGAUGCAGUGGAGAAGAAACAGUAUGGCUGGUUUUGGGUUUGCCCUAAUGGCAGCAAAGAGUGUCACUAUAGGCAUGCUCUUCCUCCAGGGUAUGUGUUGAAGUCUCAGAUGAAGACACUUUUGGAGGAAGAGGCUGAAAAGAUACCUAUUGAGGAAGAGAUUGAAAAUCAGCGUGCAAAAGUGACAACUACAACUCCAAUGACUCCUGAGUUGUUCUUUCAAUGGAAGAAUAAAAAGAUUGAAGAAAGAGAAGCUGGCUUGGCUGCCCAGCGAGCCGACAGGGCUAAGAAUGAUCGCCUGAGUGGCCGCGAGUUGUUCCUUUCAGAUUCUAGCUUGUUUGUGGAUGAUGCUGAGGCUUAUGAAAAGUACAACAGAGAAGAAGAACCUGAUGCUACUGAGCAGAAGGCUCAGGAAAAUCCUGGUGGUGGUCCAAGCACUUCAACAAGUGCAGUCGCCGAUUCUGAAGAGGAUGGAGCUGAUAUUGACGACGACGAUGAGCUGGAUAUGGAUGAGUUAGAAGAGCUUGAAGCUAGUCUGUCAAGGACAUCUAUUCAAAUCAAAGAGCCCAGUAUAGGGACUUCAUCUUGAACGUGAGCGAGAAAGAGAGAGAACCAGCUGGGAAAAUAAUCCUAAUUUUGAUCUCUGAAGUGCACUUUCCAGUGCCUUGCAAUGUGGUGGAUUGCUUUUUGUAAGAAGCAGUAUAAGUUAUGAUUCAGGUUUUUUUAACCUGUCUUGUUAAAAGCCAAAUCCUCCUAUGAACAUGGAAACUUAGAAGAGUACUGUGUUCUUACAACAGAUGGUCCCAUUUCUUUCAUCAUAUUUGAUGGUUUGAAUUUCUGAUA